GUUAUAAACGCUCAUUGCGGGAGAACUGCCAGAAGUGACGUUUUAUUUUAUUUUUGCAAGAAUACUGCUCUAAAUGGGCGCACCAGUCGCGUUAUUUCCACAGCCUUUCUCCCCACCGUGCAGCUUUGCUGCGGGUGCGGAAUCCUUGCGGCUCUGCUCGGUCCUUCGUCACUGGCGUUAACAAGUUAUUCAGCUCCGAGCGGUUUCAGAAGUGUCCGUUGAUAAGCACAUCCAAAGCAGAAGUUACCUGUGAUUGUAAACAGCGAACGCUGGCUCGUACCUCCAACACUGUUACUGAAAUACCAGGAUCCUAUCAGGGAAGCAACAGUGUGAAUAAGAUUACUGACAUCUCCAGGUCACUGACAUUGAGUCGCAAUGUCAGAUACGAGACGGAGAACUGCCCACACAGACACCUAGCUCUCAAAAUGUCAGAAGUUUUGAGUGCACUAGUCCAUGCCUCAGAAAAAUCUGCAAACAUUGCUCGUGCUUGCAAACAGGAGGAGGCGCUCUUCCAGCUUUUGGUGCAGGAGAAAAAAGGCAGUGAGAAAAAUAAGAAAUUUGUUAGCGAUUUCAAAACACUGGCAGACGUGUUGGUUCAGGAGUCAAUCAAGCAUGACAUGGGAAAAAAAUUUCCAGGACUGGAAGAUCACAUAUUUGGUGAAGAAUCAAAUGAAUUCACUAACAGCUUGGGAGAAAAGAUUAAAGUUGGAGUGUGUGCAACAGAGGAAGAUACAGCAGAGUUGCUGAGCAAAGUGCUAAAUGGUAACAUAACAGCAGCUGAACUACUGGCUUCAAUUAUACAUCACGAUAUCUCCAUUGAAGAUCCAGCACUGGAAAAGUUGGCAGCAGAAAUCCCCCAGGAUACCAUGGCCCUUUGGGUAGAUCCUAUAGACUCAACAUUUCAGUACAUAAAAGGAUAUGCUGACGAGAAGUCAGAAGAUGGAAUAUACUCCAAAGGCCUUCAGUGUGUAACUAUUCUAAUUGGAGUGUACAACCGAAGUUCUGGGCUGCCAAUAAUGGGUGUCAUCAACCAGCCAUUUGUAACCCGUGACCCAGACAGUCUCAGGUGGAGUGGACAGUAUUUCUGGGGCCUUUCAUAUCAAGGCAUCAAUAUAUGUUCACUACAAGUUGGUGUGAACACAGCUUCUCAAGCAGGUGACGAUCAGGGUGAAGUCCCAAGGCAGAAGGAGAAGAUGCCAGACAGAGACAAUGAUCUGUCAGCUGUCAUUAGCACAAGUGAAAGCCAGAGCAUUAAGUCAGCAUUAUCGAAGCUACGGCUGUACUACGCUGCAGGUGCUGGCUACAAGAGCCUCUGUGCCGUGCAAGGUUUUGUCAGUGUCUACCUUUUGUCGGAGGAUACCACUUUCAAAUGGGACUGCUGUGCUCCGCAUGCUAUACUGAAGUCCCUGGGAGGAGGCAUGGUAGACUUUCGAGAAUACUUGAAAAGAAGAAAAGAUGGCAAUCUAGAUGAACUUCCUGAGCUGGUGUAUAACACACCAGUGGAUGGGGCUACAGGGUCAGACAGAUGGGCCAAUAAGGGAGGCUUGGUAGCUUAUAGAUGUCGCAAGCAUUUGGACACCAUUAUGAACAUCAUUUCAAGUGUGCGCCCCUGAUCUCGCUGGCCACCUUGUAACUGGCAUUCCAUUUGAAGAAAGCAUACCUAAGUUGUUAAUAUGUACUCAAUCCAUGGCUUGUGUUCCAAGUUUGGACUUCACAUGACUCAGCAAUAAAACAAAACCAAAGUAUCACGUCACAGCCAGGCUCUUAAUGUUUGUUUAAACACAAGUAAAAUGUGGCAGGAUGGAAACAAAAUUCCAAGCUGAUGUAUCCCUUAACACUAUAAAAGCUGUAUUUCAGGUGUUUAAGUGAAUAUAUUUUUGAUGACAAGUAUUCCAAGCCAGAAACUUGGCAAUAUAGAGAACCUUGCAUCAAUUCACUGUUUUUAUAAUAAACUUGCACUGUUCACAAUUUGAUUUUCAGUUAAUGGUCAGGUCAGGGUGCUCGUGUUGAGUUACACAAAAGCUGUAGCUAGAAGUUCAGAUUUUAAAAUGAAUUUAAAAGUCACAGCUAAGUAUCUCAGUUUAAAAUGCCCCAAUGUCUAUUAGAAGCUGUCCAUCUCAGAUUCAUUCUGAGUCCAGUCUAGGACACCUUGGGACAUGCAUUAAAAACUAUAAUUCUUAAUGUAAGCUUUGUGCUAUGUGGAGAUUCUGGCUCAGAUUAGAAACAUACUACUAUUUAAUUGAUGAACUCAAUCAUAAAAUAAUAAUACUUGCAGUUAAAUGGAAUCUUACAUUAUUUACCUAUUAGAUGAUAGAUGAAGAAUUACGUUUGAAGUGUCGAGGUAUUUUGGCAAACAAGAUCCACCUUGUUGCAAGACCCCUGCUGUGCAAUUUCAAAUACUGGUCCCACAAAGGGAAUGCCAACUUCUUUUGUUUAAUUCCACAUGAAUCUGAAGUACUAACUAAUUGCAGUGCCCCAUAACUAAAUGGAAAAGAUUAGGAAACAGAGCACACAUCAGGGAUUGAACUUGGAAGCAUUAUUUCGAAUCGCAGCAUACAUGUCCCCUAAGCUGAAACCAAGGACCUUUUAACUCCCACAUUUUUGAUUUGCAAUACUCCUAUCCAGAUGAUGCAGGAUAACUAGGACAACCCUAUAGACUCAAGAUAUGAUCUCAGGUGCAAAUUCCAAAUUGCUAUUUCCAAACUUCCCAUGAACAAUAGUGUGAUGCUGUGAAAGGAUUUACAUGCUGACUCAAAGGUAGAUGACAAUGUGAC